UGUUCACUACCAACAUGACUACCAAGGUUCUAGUUCUGGCAGUUCUUGUGGCUGCCGCCCUCGCCCUCCCCGAGCCACCUCCUACAUAUGGACCUCCACCACCAGCCUACAAACCCCCAGCACACCCACGACCUGCAUAUGGUGCUCCUACUUACCCUGAUACUCCUCCCCAGUACAACUCUCAGUACGCUGUGAGGGACGACUACUCCGGCAACGACUUUGGACAUGAUGAAUCUCGUAACGGUUACGACACCAAGGGUAGUUAUUAUGUCCAGCUACCCGACGGUCGUCUGCAGAAGGUGACUUACUACGUCAACGGUGACUCCGGCUACGUAGCUGAAGUGAGCUACCAGGGUGAGGCCCAGUACCCAGCUUACCAGCCUGCUCCAGCCUACAAGCCAGCCCCAGCCUAUAAACCCGCUCCAACCUACGAGCCUGCUCCUGCCUAUGUAUAAAACAAUAUAAAAAAUUAUGCUUUUCAUAUAUUUACUGUUAUAUUUAUUACUGAAAUGAUCUGAA